CCAGCAGCGUUAGCCAGGGAGCUAACCAGCCCGAGCAGACUGAGCAGGAUUGUUUUUCAGCGGAAAAUAUGGUGAAACAGACCAUUCAGAUAUUUGGUCGAAUUAAACCCUCUAAGAAAACUAAGGCGGUGUACUCUGUGGACAAUGAGGAGAAGAGAGGUGCUUUUCUAGAGUUUGUGGUGCCCAGGGACCUGGCUGAUGGCUUCGUUAACAACAAGAGGGAGUGCUACAAGUUCAGGUUCCAAAAGGUCUUUGAUCACACAGUCAAACAAGACGAGAUAUUUGAAAACAUUGCCAAACCAGUUGCAGACAGUGUAUUGGCUGGCUAUAAUGGCACCAUAUUUGCCUAUGGUCAGACGGGAAGUGGGAAGACCUUCACCAUCACGGGAGGGGCCGAGCGCUACAGUGAUCGUGGCAUUAUUCCCCGUACCCUUUCCUACCUGUUUGAACGCUUCAGCCAGGACAGCAGUACGGUUUAUUCCACACACAUCUCCUACCUGGAGAUCUACAAUGAGAUGGGAUAUGACCUUCUGGAUUCCAGACAUGAAGCCUCUCGACUGGAAGACCUACCAAAAGUAAUGAUCAUGGAGGAUCCAGACCAGAACAUCCAUCUUAAGAACCUUUCACUGCAGCAGUCAGCAAAUGAGGAGGAGGCUCUGAAUCUGCUCUUCCUGGGUGACACCAAUCGUAUGAUUGCGGAAACUCCAAUGAACCAGGCAUCCACACGUUCACACUGUGUUUUCACUGUGCACUUGUGCAGGCGUGAGCCGGGCUCGGCCACCCUGCGGCGCUCCAAGCUCCACCUGGUGGACCUGGCUGGAUCAGAUAGAGUUAGCAAGACUGGCCUGAAUGGGCAGCUGCUCACUGAAGCCAAGUACAUCAACCUCUCCCUCCACUACUUGGAGCAGGUGAUCAUAGCUUUGUCAGAGAAGAACCGCUCCCAUAUUCCUUACAGGAACUCCAUGUUGACUUCUGUGCUGAGGGACAGCCUUGGGGGCAACUGCAUGACUACCAUGAUUGCCACUCUGGCAGUGGACAAGAGGAACCUUGAUGAGUCCAUCUCUACGUGCCGCUUUGCUCAGCGAGUGGCUCUCAUCAAGAACGAGGCUACAUUGAAUGAAGAACUAGAUCCUGCCCUGCUAAUAGCUCGUUUGAAGAGGGAUAUCCAGUCUCUGAAGGAAGAGCUGGCCAUGGUGACAGGAGAACAGAGAGAUGACCAGCUAACUGUGGAGGAGAUCCAGAAGUUGGAAGAGUUAGUCAAGGCUUUUCUGGGUGACCCCGAUCCAGAUGUGACACUGUCCUUGGGACCAGACAUGAGAAAAAUCCAGUACUGUUUCUCUCUGCUGAAGGUAAUGAUCAUGGCCAAAAACAGGCACAAUGAUCGACAAGAGCCACCAGCAACAUCAGUGAGGGAAGAGGUAGUUCAAGACAGCCACCACAGUGCUGCAGAAGUGACCAAAUUAAAGGAGAUGCUGAAACAACGUGAUAAUGAGAUCAGUAUCCUAGUUAAGAUGUUAAAGAAGGAGAAAAAGCGGGCCCAAGAUGCUGCUGCUCAGCUUGCUAACGUCACCAGUGGCCAGAGUCUGGCCUCCCAGAGUGCACUGAGUUUUUCCACAAUGCCCCUGUUGAGGGAUGGAAGCACAGAAACCAUUUCUGAAGACCAUGGAGGACGAGCUAUACAGUACAUGAAAAAAGGUCCACAGCUGUCUGUGGGUAAGCAAGAGGCCUUUGAGAUCUUCAUCAGGGACCAUAGGGACAACUUGACCAUUGAAGACAAUAAGAAGCUACUCAAACAGAGGUCAGCUGAGGCUAGAAGACUUGGGGAGCAACUGAACGAAGCCAGAAACAGAAUCAAUGAGUUGAAGAAGCAGUUAGAGAUGCAGAGGAGGCAGAGGGCUGCUCAUGGUGUAAUGUGGAAUCAUACGGAGGUUGAGGAGAGGGUCGAUCCAGUGGAAGAAAACCUGUGCAAACACAUUGAGCAAGAAAAACAGGCUUACAAGAGCACCAUUGGGCGUCUAAAAGCAUUGAGGACAGAGAUUGAGCACUUACAGCUGUUGUUGGAGAGGGCAAAGGUCAAGCUCCAGAAGGACUUCCAUAAGUGGUGGAGCCAGGAGGCUUCCAGUGUGCAGGAGUCUGAGUCAGAGGCCAGAGCCAGAUCUCGCACAGGGUCGCCAAGUGGAACCUUGCAGCCGUCUUCACCUGGUACUCUGGGAUCUCGUGCACCUGCUCCGGGCAGUACUGUGAGAGACUCUUCAGCAGGGCCAGUCAUGGAUCUCAGAAGCUUCAUCCCCAAGAGCGUACCUCCCUCCACAGCUGUCCCAGCAUGGCAAGAUAAGUCCCAGGAUGGGAGGGUGACUGACUUCGCUCCAUCUGAGUGGAGGGCCCUUUCCACCACCAAGCUCUCAUCCUCCUCUAUAUCCCUGACUGGAGAUCAACAGGCUGAUGCCGACAUCCUGGCCUUUGUCAGAGCCAGGCAAAACCUUCUCUACAGGACUGGCCCACCUCAGUAAUAACAUGAAGUUCCGAUGAAGUAUGCAAAGCCUGAAGUUAUCGUCACCUGACUGCUUGUAAAAGCCCCAGGUUUGAGAGGCCGUAGAAGGAUGCUAAAAAUGUGGAUUCAACAUUAUUGAGUAUUGGUAGACUGACAAUGAAGAUGUGUGAAGAAGUGAUCUUAACAGGGUCUGAAAUAUAUUAGAUUUAUCAAAAAAAAAAAGACCCCUCUGCCAAACACAAGCCACACAUCCUGUCUGAUUUUACAUGCAUACACACAGUUGUUGACCUCCUGGAGAUUAUGCCAGUGAUAUACUGUACAGCAGUAUAAAUCACAGCCUGCGCCGGCCAUUUGAUCUGAACAAAUGUUGUCUCAAGAUAUCAGAGGAAGGAGCGGAAAAUAGGAAACCAGUUGGAUCCAGUAUGUGUUUAAAGUAAUGAAUCAUGACUUUUUAAAUGGUCGUAGGAAGUUUGGACAUUUAAAAUCACACAUGAAUUUCUGUCUGGUUUCAUUUUGUUCUAAAAGUGUUACACAUUUUGUGUGAAAUGUUGUACAGAGAGGUGUAGUUGACAGGAUGUGCAGUAGUGUACGUUUAUUUCUGAACUACAUUAAAGAGUGUUAAUGUUUUGUUGUAAAUCUGCACAAAAUAUUGAAUAAAAAAUAAAAGAAUUGCAAAAUC